AUGGAUCUUAGACAUGUAUGUUGGCUAGAGAUUCGUGGGAGGAUAAGCACUCGUCUCCUUUCUCCUAGGACUCGUUACUCAGCUCACAUUGUCUUCUUGAAAGAAGAGUAUAGUUAUGGGUUUAAGGGUUUGGCCGUGGAAGCUGGAGUUGGAUUGGUGGGGAAGGAAGCUUCUACGAGAUUCGUAUGCUUUGAUGCGAGUGAGAAUGGGGAGGUUAUAAGGAAGAGAAGAAGGAGGAACGUUGUGAAACCAGAGAAGAGGAAAGAUGGGUGGAUGGAGAUAGAGCUUGGAGAGUUCUUUAACGAAGGAGGAUUGAAUGGGGAUGAGAUUGAGAUGAGUGUUUUAGAGACUAAGUUGCUUCAUUGGAAACGUGGCUUAGUCUUUCUAGGAAUUGAAAUCCGUCCUUCGUAA